CGCGAGAGUGAGCGAGCGGCGCGGAUCCUCCCUCCGAGCGCCUCCUCGCCGUCCGUCCCUCGGCUCACGCAUGCGCACAGAGCCCACAAAACGUCACAAGCAGAGCAGAGCCGAGCAGAGGAAGCGCUGCGACAAACUUUUGCCUUUUAUGCCCCUCAUGUAAGUUGGACCGAUGGCGAACCUCGAGCUGGACCCCAUGUUCCGGAGGGGGCUGCGGCUGCUGCACUCCCGGAGCAGGGAUUCCGUGGACCAGCUGAAGGCCUUGCUCGACGAGGCCAUACGGCAGCGGCAGGGGAAACCGGUGCACUUGGAUUCAUUCAGCUUGCGGAGGGAAUCGCCCAUUCCACGUUCCAAGCCAGGAAGUCCAAUUCCAGUCUCUCUGUCUAAACGAGAAGAGAUCAAGAAGGAUAUGGAAAGGAAGAUAAAUCUACAGAUGCGUGACGAUGAUGGACUAGGGGCCAAGAGACCACGCCUGGACUCUCCGAGUGCCUUCAAAUCCCACACUCCGUCUCCAACGCCCUCGCUCAAAUCAGAGAGUUCAUCGCGGAGCCGCAAAUCAGAUGAGAGUGAAUCGGAUACUGAUAUGAAUGACAUCGCAAUGGAGAUAAUGGAUGGCAUCAACUGCACUGUUUGCAAGAGCUUUGAGGUGACCCCACGCAAUCGCCUUGUGGAAUGCCAGGAGUGCCACUCUCUGUACCACCAGGAGUGCCACAAGCCUCCCGUCACGGACCAAGACGUCAAUGAUCCCCGCCUAGUGUGGUAUUGUGCCAAAUGUGCCAAGUCCUUGAAAAAACAGACUAGUAUUGUUAGUGCUACUGGUGGCGGCACUCUGUCGGGCACUCGGGGUGUCAGUGGUGGCGGAAUGCCCAGUAUGGCCAGUGGGGGCAAGUCAGGCAGCUCCCUCUCUCGGCCGACACCUUCUCCUACCAAGGGCUUGGGUCUCUCUCGCCUCUCGCCCUUUGCAAACCUCUCUUCGGCUUCUGGGAGAACCUUAGGAGCAAACAAUGGUGGGAACAGCAACAAUGGCAACAGCAAAUCUCUCUCAUCGUCGUCAUCGUCAUCAGGGAAAUCUUCUGCACCCUCUAACUCGAUGAUCACAGCUGAAAGGAGGAUGCACUUGAUGAAAAAGAAAGCUGCUGCUAAGAUGGCAGAGAAGAGGAAAUUAUAAAAUGUGUUUAUUCAUUUGAAUAUUUUCUUAUGGCGGUUUUAGAUAUCUGAUGUAGAAGAUGUGUCUGGAUGCUUCUAUGUAUAAACUGUCAGAUGCCAUUAGGUAUCGUAUUCAGAUUUAAAAACUUGGAAGACUCUUAUCAAGUGAUAUUAGUGCAGCCAUAUGACUGCUGUAUAGUGACAAAUGAGCUGUAAAGAAAAGUCUGCCAUUAUUUGGGAAUUUUGAAAAGAUAUAACAUUCAUAGGUCUGAAAUAUGAUAUUAAAGGAAACCUUGCUAUCUGAACAUGAAAUGCAAAAGGAUAUAUAUAUCAUACUUAGUCAAUACUACAGAUUUAUGAAAUAUUUUCAGAAAUUGUAUUUUAUUAGUUUAUCACAGAAUCUUGUCAAAUCUAGCCUUAAUUUAAACAAAUAAAAAAUAAAAACAAAAAAAGAAAAUUGUAAAAAAGAGGGCAUCAUGUCUGAUUCACCUGAAGAAUAUCCAUGUUCUUUAUAGAUCAGUUGGUUACCAGUGUUCUGCCUGAUUAUUUUUUUUUCUUAAACUUUCAGUUAUUAUCACAAGAUCAACAAAUGCAUUAUGUGAGGUGUAACCGCAACUCAGUCAUCAUAAUUUUGAAAGUGUCUGUAUGCCAUUAACUUAGAACUGAUGUAAUCUUUCAAAAUUAUUUUCCUGUUUUAAGGAAAAAAAUGUUAUUGUUCAGUAUAAGAACACUGAAAGUUCACUCAAGAAAAAUAUGUAUAUACCUUCAAUACAGGUAAUUGUAUAGACAUUAUUAUUUUUUCACAAAUGACAGUCAUGAAAUUUGUGUAUAUAGCUUCUGUGAGCCUGAUAACAAUAAUGUCAUAUGAUUAUCAAAAUGACAUGAACAUAGAUUGUAUGGUUAUAAUGCUAAUUAGAUGUGAGUUAUUAACACUAUGAUUAAAGAAUUGUAAUUACCAUAUAUUUGUGGUUACAAUUUUGAUAAUGAUUACAUAUGUGACUCUUAGUAGCCUCCAUCUUCUAUUAUUGCUGUAGCUUGUAUGUUUCAUCUUUAUUUUAUCUUUAUUGUUUUUGAUGAUUAUUAUAUUAUCUGUAUGAUGGUGAUGAAAUUAGCAUUUAUUAUCAUUUUUUUUUUAUAUAGUAUUCCAUGGUCGUGUUGUUAUGCUGGAUCAUUUUUAACUGUACUGCAUUACCUUGUGUCUCUUUCUCAUUUUAUCAGAUAUUUCAAUAGUAUUAUUUUGCAUAUCCAUUAUGUUAUUGAAGUCAGUGAAGUGAGAGUGAUAUUAUAUUUUAACGAAAAUGUGCAAAACAAUGUCUUCUGUUGAUUUUCUUGAUAUUUAGAAAUAUUCCUAGAUGUAGAAAUUAAAUAAGGAUCUGUGAUAAUAAAGACACUGAAAUAUCCAAA